GUCGUUUACUACACGGACGUAUUUCACUGAAAGCCCCCAAGUGUCAUCAUACGAUGCUAGUUUUUAGUGACUUUUACGUUGUAUUUGUUAUACAGUUCAGAAAGUAAAUUGACUCCGUCCACUGCCGCUUCUCUUGGAAAGUAUUAGCUUUUCAAAGGGCGUGCUCGGCUGCUUUGGCGCUAAGUUUGAAGCCGUAGUAUCAUUUGCUGCCUUGUGCUAAACAUUAGCCUAGUGCUAAUAACAGUAAGAGAAACUUGCGCCUGGCAGCUGUUUUAGCUGAAGGGGCAGCAGAUCAACCAAGCAGACAUCAUGGAGCUCCAGGCGGUGUUGAUGGCAGCUGGUGGGGGUUCUCGUAUGACUGAUCUGACAUACAGCACCCCCAAACCUAUGCUGCCUGUUGGCAACAAGCCCCUAAUGUGGUAUCCACUUAACCUGCUGGAGAGGGUGGGCUUUGAAGAGGUGAUCGUGAUAACCACCAAGGAUGUCCAGAAGAUGAUGAGUACAGACACUAAAAUCAAGCAUGAUGUGAAGAUGAAACUUGAUGUGGUCUGUAUCCAGGAAGAUGGAGACAUGGGCACAGCAGAUGCUCUCCGAUACAUCCAACAGAAGAUCAAGACGGAUCUCCUGGUGAUAAGUUGUGACCUGAUAACAGACGUGGCGCUUCACGAGGUGGUCGAUCUGUUCAGAGCCCACAAUGCCACGCUGGCUAUGCUAAUGAGCAAAGUUCACGAAUUCACAGAGACGGUCCCGGGUCAGAAGGGCAAGAAAAAGACAGCUGAGCAGAGAGACUUUGUUGGGGUGGAUCAAUCAGGAAAAAGGCUGCUGUUCAUGGCCAAUGAAGCAGAUCUGGAAGAUGGGUUGUCAAUUAGGAAGUCUAUUAUGAGGAAACAUCCCAGGAUGCACAUUAAAACAGGCCUGGUCGACGCUCACCUCUACUGUCUGAAAAAAGCGGUGGUGGACUUUCUCACAGAAAACAAGUCCAUUUCAUCAAUCCGCGGUGAGUUGGUGCCAUAUUUGGUGAGGAAGCAGUUUUCUAAAUCUACCACCAGUCAGAAGCAAGAAGACACAGAGGAUCAGAACCAGACAAAGAAUGACGAGUCGACAAACCAUGAGCUCCUGGUCUCAUCUCGGGAUGAUCCUCUCCUCCAGCUGGCCCAGGAGCGCUCCUGCUGGAACGACCACCGCGGUGACAUGAGCGAGGCCUAUCACGGAGGAAAGCUGCGCUGCUAUGUUCACAUCAUGGACCAGGGCCUGUGCUACCGCGUGAACACGCUCGCUGCCUACAUAGAGGCCAAUCGCCUGGCCCCAAAGCUGUUUGAAGAGCCAGUAGUCCAUCCAUCCGCUGUCAUAUCAGAGAGAUGUCAGAUGGGAUCAGACAGUAUCAUUGGAGCUCUGUGCCAGGUAGCUGAUAAGACCUCCAUUAAGAGGUCGACCAUCGGAAACUCCACCGCCAUAAAAGAGAAGGUCAAAGUCACCAACUCUAUCAUCAUGCAUGGGGUUACCAUCGAGGAGGGAUGUAAUAUCCAGGGCAGUGUGAUCUGCAGUAACGCUGUUAUUGGACGAGGAGCAGACCUCAAAUACUGUUUGGUGGGCAACGGACAACGGAUCGAACCAGAGGCCGAGCGGACAAACGAGGUGAUUGUUGGAGCCGACCAGCUGAUGGAGAUCUAGCUCUCAUCAUGACAGGGGCGACGUCAUCUCAUCAUCCAAUCGCAGAGCAGAAAAAUGUGGAUGUUAAUUGGCUGGCCGGCCAAUCAGAAGCCUCCAUGCUUCUCCGCUGUCCCACAGUUUCUUCUUUUAGGCCUUUUUGUACAUGAUGUCCAAAUAAAGACAGGUUUGCUCGAGCCCAUCA